GUUGAAUACCUCCCAGUCUCUGCUUGAUUGAAACAAACUCAUCUCUGAUCAAUCAAUCCUUGGUCCUGUUCGAAGCCACUCCAAAGAACGCCCACUCACAGACAUUAUUGACAAGCUGUCAUAUUUUAGAGUCCAAGCUGAGAAGAUGUCAAACCCUCUUUCAACCAAAUAUCAGGACGAUACUAUGACCGUGACCCAAGCUUCAAGGCCUGGAGCAGAAGACACUGCACCAGCAGGCGUACCUACUAUGACCGACCCUUCGUCCAGACAAUCAGACACGUCUGCCACAAGCCCCGACACCAGCUCCAUACCCGGCGCUUGGAAGUCCAGCGCAGUCGCAGCAGGCGGAUUGGAUGCUACGCCACAAACCGCAUCGAGCGAGCAGCAGCCUGCAUCUGGUGUUCUUUCUGGCGCCAGCGUUCAGGCCGGUCUGCACCAAGCAGAGGAAACAGCCUACAAGGCUGCCGAAGCUGUACUGGGAACCGUGCAGUCCGGCCUCGAAUAUGUGCAAGAGACUGUAGCAAACCACCAAAAAGCACAAGAGAACAAGGAGAUCCAUGAGGAUGGAACGAACUACAUCAAAGAGCAGCUGGAGAACAAGGAAACAGAGACCGACAAGCUGACUACACUACCGAUCGUGGAUCAGAGUUCUAUUCCAGAGCCGACAGGUCAACGAGAGGAGCCCAAAGGUUUCGGUAUCGGCAUUCUACGCGACACAAUCGAGAGCUCGUCGGCUGCAGAUGUCAGCUACGAGCAUCGUCCCAAGACACUUCCUCAAAGCGAGAUCACCGCCCGAGAACAGGAGCGAGGAAUCAAAGAAGGGGCCGAUGGAACACCUGCUCGGGUGCAAGUCAGUCGCGUCCACGGUGCUUGGCCGGCCGAGGCUUCAGGUAGUGCAGAAGCUGUGCACGAGAAGAGCCAGGUUGAACAUGAGCUGCUGAGCAAAGUGGGUGCCGCGCCAGUCGCGAGCGAAGGUGUUGCUCGGGUCAAUGACAGUCGUACUUCGAACAACACAGCACCUACUAGGGCAGCUGAGGUUUCUGACAUCGACGAAGCUCUCCGCGAGAAGAGCCAGGUCGAACGUGAAUUGCUGAACAGAGUAGAGGCAGCUCCUGUGACGAGCGAGGGCGUAGCGUCGGGCAGUGAGAGCCGUACUUCGGGCAAUACAGCACCUACUGUCGGUGGCGACGUUGAGGUAGUUGGAAACUGGGGCAGCGAGACUGCCCGUGUCUUGGGAUCUGCUGCAGUGGCGUCCGCGGCGGGUGCAGGCAUCAGUGCUGCCAACACGAUAGGACAAGGUGCCACCUCUGGUGCUCAGUCUCAAGCCCCAGUCCAGCCACUAGGAGACGACCCAGCCUACCCGCACGUGGGCACCUCUCAGACCGGAUUUGAUGGCCGUCCCGGUCAACUAGAUGCUGUCCCUUCAACGGCGGGCGCAGGUAUCAAUGCUGGCGACACGCCACAGCAAGGCAUCACGGCUGGUACUCAAUCUCAACUACCAGAUCAUCCUCCAGGACAAGACCCAUCAUAUCCACACGUGGGAACCUCUCAAACCGGAACUGAUGGCCGUCCUGGCCAGUCGGAUUCCAUUCCUCCGGUGGUGAUUCACACUCACGGACCAGAACCAGGCAAGGGCGUUGCCCCAAUUCAAGGCUCCGAUCUCGACUCCGCGAAAGAAGAAGUCUUCGGGUCCUCCAAGCCACAUGAGGAAUUGGGAAUCACUCCUCGCGGAAGCGUACAGGAGCCGCCCAGAGAUUCAAUCGUGGCCAAGGAUCUGGGUCCCGCGAGCGCAGCAACCACAUCUGAUCCCUACGCCGAAGAAAAACAGCGGAAGAAGUCGAUCUCUUCUGAACUCCCCAUCCGCCCAGCUGAUCAAUCCGCCGCUCGAGCAGGCUCCGUAAACCCAGUCGAGACUAAGGCCGGAGAGGGACUGAGUGCGCCACCGAUUACAUCUGACGACUCUAUCGACGACAACACUACUCGUUCUGCUACCGAUGAUAGACCACGUAGCCCCAACAAGACUCAGCCAGACAGCGAGAACCCAGGUCAGACGUUCGAUGCUUCAGCUCACGCCGCACCGGAGCACUCUGUUACCAAAGACCCGGGAUGGAGUGGCAAAGAAAGUGUUAGAGAGCAUUUGAGAAAUGAUACUAAGGGUGGUGUGAGGGAGAAUCCGUCCGCCAUUCCCAUUGCGGGUGGGCAGAAGGUGGGUGAGGCUCACUGGGGUGAGAGUAAGAAAUUGGAGUGA